GAGUGCAGUCGCUUCUGUUCUUCACUCAAACUCUUUUGAAAUCGUUGGGAUCGGCGAAGGGCGGACAAUCCCUCGAAAUAUGUCAACAACAGAGACAGAUAUCUCCGUUCAGUAUCUAUUUGCACCCAAUGCCAGCUACAAUCUCCUCAACCUAACCACGGUCAAAUUCCUGUCUGCUGUCUUUGCCGGUGCAAUAGCGGGUAUCCUUGGACUCGAGAAUUAUGCAGGUUUUGCACUGUUCAUUACAUCAACUCUUUGGAGCGCGUUGUGCAUGCACUUUGUGAAUUGUCGUGGCAAACCGGCGAAGUACGUUCAGGGAGGGUGGAAGGAUCUCGUGAAUCCGGGACAGGAUAACGCCUUCACUUUUGUGUUGGUUUGGACUCUAUUUUAUGGUAUUGUACACGUGUAUGAUUAAUCGUAACAGGAUAAUGAUGCUCUUGGUUCACUUCACAAAACUUGAAAAGUCCUUAUUUGUCGG